CACAAAGAAUCAACAAUGAAGUUUCCUCUAUUGGGGUUACUUUUGCUCCUAAGUAUUGUCGGCUCUACGACAAGGGCCGAAGAAGGACCUGUUUGCCCGAAGACCGAAACUCUUAGCCGUGCAAGUUUUCCGGAGGGCUUUAUGUUUGGUACCGCAACCGCAGCCUUUCAGGUGGAAGGUGCAGUAAAUGAAGGUUGCAGAGGUCCAAGCCUGUGGGAUAUCUACACCAAGAAAUUUCCACAUAGAGUUAAGAAUCACAACGCUGACGAGGCCGUCGAUUUCUACCAUCGCUACAAGGAGGAUAUCCAGUUGAUGAAAAAGCUGAACACUGAUGGUUUUAGACUUUCCAUUUCGUGGCCAAGAAUAUUUCCUCAUGGGAGGAUGGAGAAAGGAAUCAGCAAAGAAGGGGUUCAAUUUUACCAUGAUCUUAUAGAUGAGCUCUUUAAAAAUGACAUAACACCAUUAGUAACGGUUUUUCAUUGGGAUACUCCCGCCGAUUUGGAAGAUGAAUACGGUGGCUUUUUAAGCGAACGUAUUGUGCCUGAUUUUGUGGAGUACGCAAACUUCACGUUCCACGAGUACGGAGACAAAGUGAAACACUGGAUUACGUUCAACGAGCCAUGGGUCUUUAGCCGUUCGGGCUACGACGUUGGAAAGAAAGCACCCGGACGUUGUUCUCCUUACGUCAAAGACUUUGGACAUCUUUGUCAAGAUGGACGGUCAGGAUUCGAACCUUAUGUCGUCAGUCACAAUUUACUUGUGGGUCAUGCUGAAGCUGUUGAUGCUUUCCGAAAAUGCGAAAAAUGCAAAGGUGGUAAAAUCGGGAUUGCUCAUAGUCCGGCUUGGUUUGAACCGGAAGAUGUGGAGGGAGGUCAAAAUAUGGUAAACCGUGUGCUAGAUUUCAUCAUUGGCUGGCAUUUGGAUCCUACCACGUACGGAGAUUAUCCACAGUCUAUGAAAGAUACAGUUGGAACUCGGUUACCAAGAUUUACAAAUGCUCAAAAGGCAAAACUGAAAGAUUCGACAGACUUCGUGGGAAUAAACUAUUACACUUCCUUCUUUUCAAAGACUGGCAAGCCUGAUAGUCGGAACCCAACUUGGGCUACAGAUGCUCUAGCCGAAUUUGAACCGAAGACUGUGGAUGGAUCCAUUAAAAUUGGUAGCCAGCCCAACACUGCUAAGAUGGCUGUAUACGCAAAGGGUUUGAGGAAGCUCCUGAAAUACAUUAAGGACAGAUACAACAACCCCGAGAUCAUAAUCACUGAGAAUGGUUACGGGGAGGACCUUGGCGACAAAGAUACAGAUCUUAGCGUUGCUCUCAACGACCACAACAGGAAAUACUAUCUCCAGAGGCAUCUUUUGGCCCUGAAUGAGGCUAUAUGUGAAGACAAGGUGAAUGUUACAUCGUAUUUCUUGUGGUCUUUAAUGGACAACUUCGAGUGGCAAGAUGGGUACACAGCAAGGUUCGGGGUUUACUACAUCGACUUCAAGAACAACUUGACUCGUAUGGAGAAAGAAUCUGCAAAAUGGCUUUCUGAAUUCCUCAAACCUGGCCUGAAACCAUCUAAGUCCUCGAAGCUCCAUGAGGAGCUCUGAGUCGAGUUUCUCUGCAAGAUCUCCAAGCAAAGCUUCAAUCCCGCGGACAAUAAAAGAAGGACGAGUUUGUCUCUGGUUUCUUCUUAUGUUGUAUAGUUUCUGCUGCAGUGUAAUUAAGAGAUGUUUUGAAUAAAGAAAUGGGUUACUAUAAUACCCAAAUAUAUGUA